CUUUACAGCACUGCUACAGAAAGGAAAAAGUUUUUGUUCAAUCAGAUCGUACAGGUUGAAAAUGGAAUUCCAGAAACACUUCAAAUCCAAUUAUAAUUUAGGAACUGGACCUGACCGUGUAAAAUUUUGCAUAUGCGAGCGUAGUCGUAAAAAUGUGAUUGUCUGCAGCCGCUGCAAACAGUCAUUUGUGGGCCGCAUUUCGCAACGCUGUCCAAAACACCCCGAAGUGACUUUUCUUAUGGACGCCCGUCAAUGCGCUUUCUGCGGUGCCCAUGCUAAUUUCUUGCAAGUAUCCGAGACCAAGCGCUGAAAUGGGAUAUUCUCAAAAACACUGACUUCGUUGACGAAUCUGCUAUUACAUAAACAUUAUUAUGUAUACAAAAGUGCCAAUAAGUAAAUAAACAGAAAAUUGUUAUUAAA